GUUGCUUUUGGAUUCUGUCCUUUGAACUCUACAUUUUGGCCCCUUCUGGCCGAAGGAGUGAUUAUGGUGCUGCUGGGUUCUCUUGGUGACGGAGGCCAAAGGAAGCAAUUCACCCCGAAGGCGAUGUUCGACUGGUACGAAGCAUGUCGUGAAACUAUACCAGGCGUAGGAAGCUUCUCCGGCAUCGAGCCUCUUAAUCACUCGUGGCCUGUACGACAAGGCUUUCGCAAAUGCGAUCCGCGUCCUACUACCUGUCUUCAUUGUGGACUAACACCCCUCAAAAAGUCAAUAUGGUUGAGAACAGAGGCAAAGUAUGUCUGCCCAAGCUGUUGGGAGCGAAGCUUUAAAGGACAAGAGAAGCGGCAGCUAGUGAAGGACUCUGGUCAGGUGAAAUGUGGAAGAACAGCUUGCGAAUGGAAAUUUGGGCCACAUGUCGAUUCAAUCAAGAAAGAGCGUCCAGGAAUAGCACCAAAAGAUGGUAUCAGUGGCACGUGGCUUUGUCAACCCUGCUUUAGCGCGGCAGUAAGAACUGCAAAAGCAUCGGGAACCAUACACGUGAAAGCGAAACGAGGGCUAAGAGCAAAGAGGGCAGGUAUCGCCUGCUGUCAGAAUGUUAAGUGUGAAAGGCUAUUAGGGCAGAACAAGAUGAAGAAUGAAAGACCGGCAGUUCGACCUCGAUCUGGAAUUAGUAAUCUCUGGCUCUGUAUUAAUUGUUUCCGCAAAGCAUGCUGUGGGACUCUCGACACAAAGUAGUUUCUCUCUAAGUAGAUCCUAAAGAUCUCUAGCCAUUCAAGAUACCUUCACUUUCUGAGGGCUCCAUGCUGCACGUUUGGAAUAUGUAAAAAUUGGAUGAAGGCUGCGCUGUGCACUAAAUCAGUUGCGUCUUGCGUACUCGCGAGUGCCUUUCUAUCCAAUUUGUCAACUUACUAGCUAGGGUUAAAGUAUCGCGCAGCUAUAGCGACGAGGCGAAUUAAUUCAUUAGUUACAAUACUAGUCAAUAACAUAGAAGAUAAUGUCACCAGUUAAAGGUGCGCUAUUAAGACCCCCACAAAAGUGAAAUCUCAACCUU